GUUAUGCCGCUGAUCGUGAUGCUUCGCGCCGACCCAGGCCAGGCCGACGCCCAGGGGAACACUGCCCUCGACGUGGCUCGCGACAGGCACCACUGGAGCUGCGUGCACGUCCUGGCCGCCCUCUCCGCCCGCCGCGCCUCCGAUUCGCCGUCGCGCCCGGCUGCGGACGGCGACUCCUCGCAAGGGGCCUCGCGCGGGAUCCCGCCGCCGCCCGACUUCCCGCCACCGCCGCAGCCGGCGGAGGAGACGUGCGCGGCUUGCGGCGCCGACCCCAUGGAGGCAGCCGGAGGACUCUGCUGA